AUGAUCCAUACACCGGAUGUGAUUGUUGCUGUGGUUAGAGGCGGUCGAUGUCUCACCAAUGGCUACUUCAUCGUUGUGGUUAACUACAUAGAUGGAAUGGUUGAUUGGUUGAUUGGUAUGGAUUGGAUAAGUGAACGACGGAUGGUGGUGAAGAGGAGAGGUGAAAACGGGCAAAAAGGGAGUUUAAAAGGAGAAGGUUAA